AUGGAGUCAUUUUCCCUGAUGCUGUGGAUCUUUGUGGUUCCUCUCCAUGCAUUUGUACUUCAGCCCAGUGGCCAUGUGGUGGCGCUAGAGGACUCUGGGAGUGAGGUUGUGUCCUGGUUUGAGGGCGAGAAGGAAAGUACUGGGCGGCCUUUGACUCUGGCUGAGGAUCAGGACUUGUAUGGGGAAGGUGGGGCAGACCCAGAGAGGGGACCAAGAGCUGAAGUUGGGGAGGAGGAGAGGGAGGAACUUUACGAUGCAGAUGGAGAGGACCCAGCAGAUGAUGAAGAAGGGAAAAGGCAUGAAGAAGAACACAGAGAGGGAAAGAUGGAGGAACACAGAAAUAAGGAUGAGGAAAAGGAGAUACUGCAGGGAAUUACUGAUGUGGAAGAGAAGGUAGAACUCAUAGCUGAUUUGGUGGAGAAAGAGGGACUCUUUCAUGAUAAAAAAGAAAAUGACAAUGAAGAGGACCAGAGGCAAGAAGAAGAGACUGGAAAAGACAAGUCCCAGGUGGAAGAUUAUAUUUUUGCUGAAGGAAAUAGGAAUCGGAAGGAAUAUAGAGCUGAAGAUGUCAAAAACACCAAGAACAAAACAAAGAAGCAGAAGGAAAAGAAAAAAGCUGAAAAUGAGACUCCUUUCCCCUAUUUCACAGAUAAAUACUGCCCCCCUGCCUGUGCUUGCUAUGGAAGGGUAGUCCAAUGUUCAGACAAGGUCUUGGACAGGAUUCCAUAUGGCAUCCCAUAUAAUUCCCGCUACGUCCUCCUAAUGAACAACCAGAUCCCUAUGAUCCAGCUGGACCUGCUCCGUGAGUACCUCUCAAUGGAAUUCCUGGUGUUUAGCAACAACCACCUGACAGAUGAAGGCAUCGAAGGGGCCUUUGAGGGCAUGAGGCAGUUGAAGCGCCUCUACCUGGACAUAAACCACCUGAACAGCAUCCCCACUGACCUCCCUCUCUCCCUGGAGGAGCUGCGUCUGGACGGAAACAACGUCAGUGUGAUGUCUGAAGUGGCCUGGACCCACAGCCCUAGCAUGCAGAUUCUCAGCCUCAACAACAACACCCUUGGGGCCGAGUCAGUGCCGGAUGGGGUCUUCACCCCAAUGAGCCGCCUUCGCACCCUCAGCCUCAUGCACAACCUCCUAACUGCUGUCCCAGUCCACCUCCCCACCAACAUCAAAGAGCUGUACCUCCGUGGGAACCACAUUGACCAAGUCCCCGGUGAUGCGUUUGCUGAAGGUUCUGGUUUGCUUGUUCUGGACCUGAGUGCCAACCUGCUGACUAACAAGGGCCUUACUAAGGACUCGCUCAAGCCCCUUGUUCACCUGGAGAAUCUAAACUUGGAGGGAAACCUUCUUAGGAACAUUCCAAAGCACCUUCCUCCUACCCUCAGAACCCUCAACCUGGAGGGGAAUGCCAUCACCUCGGUCAGCAAAGGAGCAUUUCUGGGCCUGCCUCACCUGGAGCAUCUGGGCCUAUCCCGCAACCAGAUCACCAAGGUUGCUCCUGGGGCCUUCUGGGGGCUACCCGCCCUGCACCAGUUGGAACUGGGACACAAUGUCCUCCGUCAGGUUCCACGGCGCCUGCCCCCCUCCCUGCACUCUGUUUCUCUGGUUCACAACAAGAUCCACUCCAUCCCACGGGACUCCUUCUGCACCAAAGGCAAGGAUUCACCUCUCAGCAACCUGGUGAGAGUUCAGCUGGAACACAACCUCAUCCACCUGGCAGACCUGGACACUCAGGCCUUCAGCUGCCUGAGGGGCUAUCAAGUCAUCCAUUUCUACUGA